CGUCCCAUAAUAGGUGGAGUCAGAACCAGCUGCUGAUGGCGGCGUAUUGUUUAAAUGGAUGCCAGCUGUAUCGAAUUGGCUCGGUUCUUUGAAAUUGGCUUCGUACAGUUGAUUACAUCUCUUCGCUUCGGAACCUGAUAAAACGUCGCGUUGCGGUUGACGGUCGUUUUAAUAAGGGCAUAGCACCAGCUCCAUCAUGGCCGCUGUUGGUCCUCCCCAGCACCGACCCCCGGUGUGACAGGGUCGAACGUUGGUUCCCAAGACUUGGGAGUGGCACCGGGAAAUGAUUCUAAGCCGCCUGCACUUUGUUUGCAGGAGUGACUGAACCACAGCUCGGUUACGACACUGAAGCACCAAGGGAAAAGCGCGUUCGAAUAACAAGAAGCCAUUAGGGCUCAGCACGAGGUCACGUCUGGGCUUUAGACAUACCGGACCACUGCGCGAUUACGACGAGUGGUUCCGAAGCUGCUCCACACAUGGAUUCGUUCCUGUUAUGUUGGAACAUAUGAUAAAUGACCACGGCUGCAGUUUCUCUCCAGUACGACAACAUCGAACCCCGUCAAAACCCAGUUCUACAUCCAGAACCCGUGGCUACUUGCUACCAUCGGGUCGAACUUAACGUGUUGUGGUGUCCGUCCGUCCUCGGGCUCCGAGCGGGUUUCAAACGCAGAUGAACCUCCAGCAGGUACCAGGACGUUACUGUGCAGGAGACGGGAGACUUCCCGCCCUCCAGAUCCUCUGGUGUCUGUCGUCGCCAGGACGAGUUUAAACCAGGUGGCGGCAGCAACAUGGCGGCCGAGACUGCGCAGUAUCGGAGAGGACUGUGACGUCUCGCUGAGGUUCACCGCAUGUCGUUUCCCCUUCAGUUACCAAACGUCCAUGAUGUCCGACGGGAAACCGACGCAAAGGCUCGGACUGAUGUUACGCGUCGCCAUGAGCGCUCUGCUCGAGCAGGCAUAAGAAUGCUGUCUUCAUAAUACACACAAGUGGGACGCGCUGCUCUGUAGAUGUCUGGGGCCUCUACAUGGCUUCUAAGAAGCAGAAGAGCAUGGUUUACCAUCAGGAAGGGGCAAUGGCCCCUGCAGCAGCACCUGGACCUGACCAUCCACUCGCAUGCUUUGUUCCAAAACCAGCAAAGACCACAGCAAAGCAAAUUAUUGCAAAGUGAAUCAUGAAGCAGGCAUAAUGGAUAAAUACAAAAUGGAGCCAUCAAAGAUGGCCACUAUAACACCUGAUGGACUUCCUGCUGUAAAGUACCCCAGCUCCAAGUCUCCUUCAGACAACCUGCCAUCUGAUGGCUUUUGUAAAGGCAUCAGAGUCACACUGGACAACAACAAUAUGUGGAACGAGUUCUUCAGAUGCAAAACAGAGAUGAUUGUAACUAAGCAAGGCAGUAGAAUGUUCCCCUACUGUCGAUUUCGCAUCUCUGGCUUGAAUCUAUCUAGGAACUAUUCUUUGGUCAUGGACAUUCAGCCUUUGGAUGGCAGUCAUUACAGAUGGACCGGCAAGAGUUGGCAAGUUGCUGGAAAAGCCGAGAAGCAUGUUACAAGUCAACCAUUUGCUCAUCCAGAGUCCCCAUCAACAGGUCAACAUUGGAUGCAAAAUCCAGUGUCUUUUUACAAACUUAAGCUCACUAACAACAUUUUGGACCAAGAUGGUAACACUAUCCUACAGCCAAUGCACCGAUACGUGCCACGAUUGCAUGUGGUCCAAACAGACACAGCCCCUAAAGACAUUAAUCUCAACAGUCCUCAUGUUGUGACGUUCACUUUUCCACAGACAGAGUUCAUGGCAGUCCUAGCUUACCAGAACCCGCAGUUCGCCCAGCUCAAGGUCGACUAUAACCCAUUUGCUAAGGGUCUGAAGGAGGACUCCUCUAUUACGUUUGGCUGAAGUCUAAACUAAAGUUUGGCAAAGACGUGCACCUCGAUGGAGGAUCCAUUUCCAUGGAGCAGAGUCCUGUGAAGAAGAGCUUGAAAUCGUUGCUUGCCAAUCACAAACCCAGAAAUUCAAAAGCACAGACAUAAAAGCUUCAGUUUUUGGUGAUUCCCCCACCAACAAGGAUCAGUCUGCUGUCAAAGCUCCCAAGGAAAUGUGUGGUAAGUGCUUUUCAAA